AUGAGAAAGAAAAUAAAGUGGUCUGAAUCUGUACUUAUUGACAGCAUCGUUAAAGACAUUUCACUACGAGUAUUGAAUGAUACGGGCAACUUUUAUGUAGCAGAUCACCCGGUUGGAAUUAAGUCCCGCGUAGGACAAGUAAACUAUCUUUUACGUCUUGGGGUAGAAGAUAUUCGUAUGGUAGGGAUAUGGGGAAUUGGGGGAAUAGGUAAGACAACAAUUGCUAGAGCUGUUUACAAUUCAAUUGCGCAUGUGUUUGAAGGUUGUUGUUUCUUGGAAAAUGUGAGAGAAGAAUCAAUGCAACAUGGAGGCCUGGUCAAACUGCAAAACAUUAUUUUGUCUAAAAUUCUAGGAGGGAAAGAAUUGGAGGUGGCCACUGUUCAUGAAGGAAUCAAUGUGAUAAAGAAAAGGUUAAGCAAGAAAAGGGUUCUCAUAGUUGUUGAUGAUGUGAACCAAGUAGACCAACUAAAGAAAUUAGUUGGAAGGUGUGACUGGUUUGGUUUCGGCAGUAGAAUUAUCAUAACGACAAGAGAUAAACACUUGCUUACUGCUCAUCAAGUUAAUCUAAUCUACAAUGUCAAGGAAUUGGAUGAUCACGAAGCUCUUGAUCUCUUCAGUGCGAAUGCCUUCCCAGGGGAAAGACGACUUUCAGAUGAUUAUGUGAAGCUUGCUAGAACUGUAGUGCAGUAUGCUCGAGGCCUUCCCUUAGCUCUGAUAAUUUUAGGUUCACUUCUUUGUGGUGGAAGUAUGGAGGAAUUGCAAGAUGCAAUAGAUGGUUACAAAAAAAUUCCUAAUCCAGACAUUCAAGAAACUCUUAAAAUAAGUUAUAAUUCAUUGGAAGAUCCAGUGAAAGAAGUUUUCCUUGACAUUGCAUGUUUCUUUAAAGGUGAAAAUAAGGACCAUGUGAUACAAAUACUAGAAGGUUGUGGCCUCAACCCUGAGUAUGGUAUCAAAGUACUCAAAGAUAAGGCCCUCAUAAAUGUUAACGAAGAAAAUUAUAUUUGGAUACAUGACUUACUUGAAGAAAUGGGAAAAGAAAUAGUUCGCCAAGAGUCACCAUUUGAACCUGAAUAUCGUAGCAGAUUGUGGUAUCAUGAGGAUGUCGAUCAUGUUCUAACAAAAUGCAUAGGAACAAAUAAAACUAGGAGCAUCAUGGUAGAGUUGCCUCCAGGAGAUGGCAUACGAUUGAGUGCUUCAAGCUUCUCAAAGAUGAUAAAUCUUAAACUUUUAAUUAUAUACGGUAAUGCACAGUUUUCUGGAGAGGAUGCUUUUCUGCCCAAUGAGUUAAGGUUCAUAGACUGGCCUGAAUUUUCUUCCAGCUACUUGCCAUUCGAUUCUAAUCCGAAGAAGCUUGUUAAGCUGAAUAUGCCUCGCGGCUGCAUGUCGCGACUUGGGAAUGGAUUCAAGAGUAUGGAAAACCUGAAAUAUAUGCAUUUUGAAAGCUGCAAAUUCCUAAUAGAAUUCCCCGACGCCUCUGGAUUCCCAAAUUUAAAGGAUUUGAAUCUAAACAACUGCACAAGUUUAGUUACGGUUCAUGAUUCUGUUGGAUUUCUUAAUAACCUUGUUGCCUUGAGUCUUAUGGGAUGUGACAAGCUUAAAUUUUUUCCAUUGAGAAUUGCCUUGAAAUCUGCGAAAUAUAUAUGUUUGCGGGAUUGCAGAAGUCUCAAGUAUUUCCCUGAGAUUGUGGAGAAGAUGGAAUGCAUAAUAGUCUUGGAUCUAUCCUACACUGCCAUAACAGAGUUGCCUUCAUCAAUUGGAUAUCUCGUUGGCCUUGAAGUGUUAACUCUAGAAGGAUGUGAAAACCUUACAAAUAUGCCAUGCAGCAUUUAUGAGUUGCAACAUCUAACGAGUGUUAGUCUCUAUGGAUGCCGGAAUCUUGUUAAGUUUCCGAAAUGGAGUGCAGAGUCACUUCCAGGAAACUCAAAUGUUUCACCUGACUUGUGGUAUCUUAACCUCGGUGGUUGCAAGAGCCUCGAAGAAAUUCCUGAACUUCCACCAAAAAUGGAACGGGUACAUGCUGCUGAUUGCGUUUCAUUGGAACGAUUUGCAAACUUCUCAAACAUCUUAGAGCAAAAGGGGGAACAAAUGAUCGAAUGUGUCACAUUGUUUAAUUGUGAGAAACUGUGUGAUAAUCUGGCUCGUGACUUGUCAAAGAAUCAAAGUAUUUCACUGAAUAAGGUUAGUCUCUGCUCUGUCAUUUUCUCAUCUCAGCAAAGUCCAUUCGAUAUUGUAUUUCCCGGAAGUGAAGUUCCAAAGUGGUUCAGCCAUCGUGAAGAUUUGUAUAAUGAAAGUGAUAAAUCUGAGUUUUCUUUUGAAAUCCCUCCACAUUUGAACCUGGAGAACGGAGGUUUGGCUAUCUGUGCUGUUGUUGAAAUUAGUCAAAAGGGAAAACAAAUUAGCCAAAGGGAAAAGGGUGAGGAAAUUAGCCAAAAGGAAAAGGAAGUUAGCCAAAAGGGAAAGGAAAUUAGCCAAAAGGGAAAGGAAAUUGGCCAAAAGGAAAAAGAAAUUAGCCAAAAGGGAAAGGAAAUUGACCAAAAGUCAGUAAAAAUUACGCAAAGUAAUUUUGGUCGUUGCCAUUUGACAACCGGGGUUGACAUUAAUGGACAAACAGAUGUUGCACCACAUUCGGUUUAUCUUGACGCAAAAUAUAUGGAGUCAGCUCAUGUGUGGCUGCUCUAUAUUCCAUUUCUUAAGAUUGUGCAGUCUCUAUUGAGGCCUUUUAAGGAUCAAGUUAGUACUUGUCGGGUUAGUUUGAAACAUACUAGCAAAGGUUUGGUGUUCUGUAAGAGCUGCGGGGUCCACCUGGUAAUGCCGCAAGAUGAAGACUUGAAAGAUGAUGAAGAUGAGGAACUCAUGAAAACCUGGAAGAUGAGUAAUUCAGCUGUGAAGAUUUAA